UUAGUUAUAAUAAUGAAUCACUUGAAAAUAUAUUAGGUGUUGAAUUUAAAAAUUAUAAAGGUAUUUUACCUUUGAUUAACAUUCCUAUAGAAAUUAUAGAAGCAGAAAUAUUGUUACAAGAUGAUGGCUCUGAUGAUGUAGCUACAACUUCAAUACUCAAUAGUAGGGGUACAGCAAAUACUUUGGAGGAAGAAACAGAUUUUAAUGAUUUUUUAGACGAAUAUAAAAAAAUAAUUGGUAGUAAUAAAAAAAUGGGAAUUAGUGUUAUUCUUAAUA